AUGACCCUCCCUCGCGCAUCAUCCAGCUCCGCACAGCCUCAUGGGUUCCUCUCCCCCAUCGAACCAUCAAGCCGACUAUCGCGACGGCUUUCUGGAUUCUCGGUCUCAGAUCAGAGCGACAAUGGGGCUGGAGACGGAGCUGCCAGCACAAACCAUCCGAAUCCCGCGGUAGCAGAAGAGAUCAAUGAAAUCAAGCGUUAUGAAGACUUUACCACAAUCGACUGGGUGCAAGAUGAGGUACAAGAGCAGAUUCGUCGUCGCGCACGGAGAAGAGAAGGGCACGGGUUUUGGGAUCAGGAGGGGACGUUUGGUUGGAGACGGAAGUUAUGGGAGUCCUACGAUGCAGGUCAAGCGUGGCUUGUGGUUACCAUUGUUGGCGCGGCGAUUGGAUUGAACGCUGCUUUGCUUAAUAUUGUGACGGAGUGGUUGUCGGAUAUCAAACUGGGGUAUUGUACCACCGCAUUUUACUUGAAUGAGCAGUUUUGCUGCUGGGGCGCAGAUAAUGGUUGUCCAGAGUGGCAUCGAUGGGGCGGGAAUGGUUUAUUCAACUAUAUAGUAUAUUUCCUUUUUGCGAUAACGUUCGCUUUUAUGUCUGCGUUCCUUGUUAAGUCCUUUGCGCCGUACGCAGCAGGCUCUGGAAUCUCAGAGAUCAAAUGUAUAAUAGCUGGGUUCGUGAUGAAGGGAUUCCUCAGCGCAACCACUCUCUUCAUCAAAUCGAUAGGCCUACCUCUUUCGAUCGCCUCUGGACUGUCUGUUGGGAAGGAGGGGCCUAGUGUUCAUUAUGCCGUGUGUACGGGAAACGUGAUUUCGCGAUUCUUCAACAAAUACAGGAGAAAUGCGGCCAAAACAAGGGAAAUUUUGACCGCUUCGGCUGGUACAGGUGUUGCGGUUGCCUUUGGUAGUCCAAUUGGUGGAGUAUUGUUUUCUCUAGAGGAAAUGUCUACUUACUUUCCCCUCAAGACUCUCUGGCGAAGUUACUUUUGUGCUUUGAUAGCAACUGGCGUACUAGCGGCUAUGAAUCCCUUUAGAACCGGUCAAUUGGUUAUGUUUCAGGUCAAAUAUGACCGUACAUGGCACUUUUUCGAGUUAAUCUUCUUCGUCAUUCUCGGUGUCUUUGGUGGUUUGUACGGAGCGCUGGUCAUCAAGUGGAACUUACGAGUGGCAGCUUUCCGGAAAAAGUAUCUGGGGCCUUACCCUGUUACGGAAGCUGUGGUUCUUGCUGGCUUGACCGCAUUGCUUUGCUAUCCAAACAUCUUUCUCAGAAUCAACAUGACACAAGCCAUGGAGGUGCUAUUUCGAGAAUGUGAAGGCGAUAAUAACUAUGAAGGUAUUUGCGAAAAACAAAACCGCUGGUCGAUGGUGUUUUCGCUUCUUAUUGCUACAAUCCUUCGCGUUUUCCUGGUCAUCAUUUCCUACGGAUGCAAAGUCCCCGCCGGUAUUUUUGUCCCGUCAAUGGCAAUAGGCGCAUCGUUUGGAAGACUGGUCGGUAUUCUCGUGCAAGCUCUGCAUGAAUCCUUUCCAGAUUCUGGUUUCUUUGCGGCCUGCGAACCGGAUGUACCUUGUAUUACGCCGGGGACGUAUGCUUUCCUCGGUGCCGCUGCAGCGUUGAGUGGGAUUAUGCAUCUCACGGUGUCUAUUGUUGUUAUCAUGUUUGAACUUACGGGAGCUUUGGUUUAUAUUCUUCCUACUAUGAUUGUUGUUGGUGUCACCAAAGCCGUUAGUGAACGCUUCGGCAACGGCGGUAUCGCAGACCGAAUGAUCUGGGUCAACGGCUUCCCAUUCCUGGACAAUAAAGAAGACCACGUCUUCAACGUCCCCGUUUCUCGCGUCAUGACGAGCAGUCCACUCUCUCUACCGGCAUCUGACCUACCUGUCCGUGAAGCGGAACACUUGUUAAACGACAACAAAUUCCAAGGCUUCCCCAUCGUCGAGGACAGAGCCAGCAAAAUUCUAAUCGGAUACAUUGGCCGUACAGAACUGCAUUACGCGAUAAACAAAGCAAGGCGAAUGCAGCCGCUAUCUCCCAACGCGAAAUGCGUAUUUACGCACGAGGCCCCUGCUUCAUCUACCAGGAUACAUAGUCCAGCACCCACAGCGUCGGGACCGUAUCUAGAUGCCCCGCAGACAUUUGACGAGUUGGAGAAUACAGCUGGAUUAAAGACGGUCGAUUUUACGCCGUAUGUCGAUCAUACCCCGAUCUCCAAAAUGGGCCCGCGUGUAUCUCGUCGAGCAACGAGCCGUUUAAUGGGUCUAGUCACUGUGAAAGACUGCCUCAAGUAUCAAUUCAAAGUCGAAGCGCAGGAGAACGCGACUACCACCAACGGCGCAAAUGCGGAUAGUCACGACGAGAACGAAGGGGGUGUUGCUACGCUUGAAGACAGAGCGUGGUCUUUCUUUCAAAAAGUAGGCCAUACAUUACGACUUAUUCGGAACCGGAGUAUUAGACUUGAUGGAUCCGCGGGAGCGAGACAUGGACGAAGGGAUCGGAUGGCUGAGAAUACAGAUGAGUAUCAAUAUGGUAUUCUUGAAGGGACCGAGGAAAGCGGUCCGGUCGAGUUGGAGGAUCGUGUUAGGUGA